GGCAGAAAUGUGGACAAUGCAUGCCAAAGCAUUCAGCAACCAUGGGGCCUCAUGGAAGCAGAAGAGUGUGUGACGUCAUCAUUAAAUCUGCAGGAGCAGUUGAAAUAUCAAGAGGCCAAGGUUGGUUAUCAAAGGGCUUUAGAUCUUCAAAUAGCAAGAUUAGGAGAAGAGCAUGAAUUGGUGGCUGAGAGCUUGAACCGUCUGGGACUUGUUGCCGGGAUUCUUGGUAACUACACAGAGGCUGAGAGGCUGCAUGCAAGGGCCUUGGACAUUUCCAGGGGGUGUUUGGGUGAUGAGCACCAAUACACUGCAACAUGCCUUGGGUAUUUGGGGGUGACAAUGCGGCGCCUGGGGAGGCUGUCAAAAGCUGAAGAAAAUUGCACCAGGGCAUUGAUGAUCAGAACACAGGAGCUGGGUGCCAAUCACCCUGAUUUAGCACAGAGUCUGAAUGAUCUUGGGGAUGUGAUGUUUGAUCUGGUGAAACUGCCCAAGGCCAAAGAGUGCUUUGUCAAGGCUUUGGCAAUUGGGAAUGAUAAUGCCACCACAGAGGCUGCUCGGAGCUUGUUUGGCAUUGGGCUGGUGAUGAGCCUGCAAUGCGUGUUUUCAGAAGCUGAAGGCCACCUCCACAGAUCACUGGAAAUCAGAAAGCAGGUUCUGGGUGACUUCCACCCACAUGUUGCACAGAGCCUGUGUGGCUUGGCGAACGUGGUUAUCAGCAACUUUGUGUUUGUUGGCAAAGGAGAUCUUUCUCAGGCCAGCAAGUUUGCUAAUAUGGCUCUUGGUAUGACAAAGCAGAUUUUCGGUCCUGAUCACCCAGCCGUUGCACGGGAUUUGUUUUUUCUGGGAUAUGCCAUGUUGCUCCAAAACAAACUUCCUGAGGCUGAGGCAUGCCAUGACAGGGCAUUGGCCAUCUUCAAGCAUGCUUUUGGUGACAUUGACCGACAUGUUGCAUCUUGUCUUAUGAUGGGGGCAGCGGUGAAAAUGGGUCAAAGGAAUAUUUCUGAAGCAGUGGAGUUCUGUGCUGAUGCUUUGACCAUUGGAAUCCAGGCCUUCGGUGGUGAUGACCACCUAGUUAUUGGGUCGUGUCUGUUGGCAAUGGGAAGUUCUUUGCAUCAACAAGGGAAGCACCAUGAAGCUGCACAGCAUUUGAGCAGAGCCCUGGCCAUCGUACAGCAGGUGCUGGGAGACAACCAUUUGUUAGUUUCAACUAUUUUACAUGACCUGGGUGAAGUCAUGUAUUGUGAAGAGAAAUACCCGGAGGCUAAGGAGUAUCACAGCAGAGCCCUGGCCAUCAGAAAACAGGCUUUAGGAGAGGACCACAUGAACAUUGCUACUAUUUUGCAUUCCCUGGGAAUGGUGGCGUACGAGCAAGGGAGAUACCUUGAGGCUGAGGAGAAUCACAGCAGGGCCUUGGCCAUCAGAACACAGGCCCUGGGGGAAGUCCACGAAGAUGUUGCAAUGAGUUUGUAUAAUCUGGGCUGUGCGGUGCACCAACAAGGGAAGACUGCAGAUGCUGUGAGAUUGUUGAAAAAGUGUGUUGCAAUUGAAAAACAAGUGUUGGGCGACGACCAUAAAAAUGUUGCCUUCAAGCUGAGGCAAUUGGAGAUGAUGAAAGCACAGCAAGGUUUAGGCUUUGCUAGAUUGAAGAUGAUGUGGAAGUUCAGGUCCACUGGGUGGAUAAUGUGA